AUGUCUAAACCAGCGAUCCUUAAGGCCUCCGAUAUUACGGACGAAUUGCGUGACGAGAUCUUCGGCAUCAGCGUGCAGGCAGUGGAGCAGUUCCAGCUGGAGCGGGAGGUGGCUGCGUACAUCAAGAAGGAGCUGGACAGCAAACAUGGACAGACGUGGCACGUGAUCGUGGGCAAGAACUUCGGGAGCUACGUCACGCAUGAGAAAGGGCAUUUCAUAUACUUCUACAUUGGACCGCUAGCGUUUCUGGUAUUCAAGACCGCCUGA